UCCCGACCUUUCGUUCCCCCUUCUCUCCCUCGUGCCCACUUCCUUCCCUCCUGAGCGGCGCCGGAUCGUUAUCCGAUCGGUCGCGCGAACGAUCCUCUGGCAAGCGGCGGUGCUUGUUCCUCUUCUGAAUUUUAGCAGUGUCUCACCGAGACACGAUUGGGAAAGCGGAGGAGGAGGAGAUGGAGAAAAAUGUUCAGAGAACGGAUAAGAAGCUGAAGAUCGCAAUAAUCCACCCUGAUCUUGGAAUUGGUGGUGCUGAAAGAUUGAUUGUUGAUGCGGCUGUUCAACUAGCAUCUCACGGGCAUAAUGUCCACCUUUUUACUUCACAUCAUGACAAGAAUAGAUGUUUUGAGGAGACUCUUGCUGGUCCCUUUUCUGUUCAUGUACAUGGUGAUUUCCUACCUCGCCAUAUUUUCUACCGGUUCCAUGCUUUAUGUGCUUAUCUUCGAUGUAUUUUUGUUGCACUUUGUGCUCUUCUAUUGUGGCCCUCAUUCGACAUUAUACUGGCGGACCAGGUUUCUGUUGUAAUUCCUUUGCUGAAACUAAAACGCUCAGCUAAGAUAUUAUUCUACUGCCACUUUCCAGAUUUGUUGUUAGCACAACAUACAACUAUGCUUAGGAGGUUAUAUCGUAGACCAAUUGACAUGAUAGAAGAAGCAACUACUGGUAUGGCGGAUCUAGUCUUAGUGAACAGUAAAUUCACUGCAUCUGUUUUUGCCAAAACCUUCUGCCGUCUCCAUUCAAGAGGAAUUCGUCCUGCUGUCCUCUAUCCAGCAGUCAAUGUGCAACAGUUUGAAGGGCCUUGCGCUUAUACGUUGAAUUUCCUUUCAGUCAACCGCUUUGAGAAGAAAAAGAACCUUGAAUUAGCAAUAUCGGCAUUUGCAUUGCUUCAGUCAAUUGGAAAUGGACUUCCUAGUCCUGCUAAAGCCACCUUAACCAUUGCUGGUGGUUAUGAUAAACGCCUGAAAGAGAAUGUUGAGUAUCUGGAUGAAUUAAGGGGAUUGGCGGAGGAGGAGGGAAUAUCUGAACAAGUAAAAUUUGUUACUUCGUGCUCAACAGCAGAAAGAAAUGAACUACUUUCACAAUGCAUUGCUGUUUUAUACACGCCAAAGGAUGAACAUUUUGGUAUCGUACCACUGGAAGCAAUGGCGGCAAAGAAACCUGUAAUUGCAUGCAACAGCGGGGGACCUUUGGAGACCAUCAAACACGAAGUAACAGGGUUUCUUUGUGAACCCACUCCUUUUGAAUUUGCACAGGCUAUGUCGAAGCUCUUGAGCGACUCCGAGACUGCAGCAAGGAUGGGUGAAGAGGCAAGGAAUCAUGUAACGAAGAAGUUUUCGACGGAGACCUUUGGCGAGCAGCUAAAUCACUAUGUCCUCGACAUUCACCACCAUAGAAUCGAGUAGAGAGCUUUUCGAUCCAUCUAGUUAAAAACCACUUUGGACAAUUGUCUUUCAUUUCCUGAGGAACAUUCUUUUGAUCAUAUUUCUGCAAUCAUAAAUUGAUAACUAUAAGCAAUCUUUCCCCCUAAC